UCGUCUCCACAGCAGAGAGAGGAGGCACUGGCAGAGCAAGGUGCUGCCAAGUCCACAUUUCUGUUGCUCGAUCCAACUGCAGCCAAGAAAAUUACCCUCAGUAGGAUAAUUGAGUAUCAUUGUGCUCAUUAUUAGAUAAAUCUCAGUAAUUUUAGAAAUGAGGAUCGUGUAAAGGGAGUCGUCUUGCGUCCUGACUGUCAUCCACAGGUCUGGCAGUCUCACCCACCCCGCACGGCGCGCUCCCUCACUCUUAUUUAUUUAUUUUGUUCCCCCUUAACGCGCGUCCCCGCUGCGAUACCCAGAGCUCUCCUCACUCUCUCCUCUCUUCACUUCGCUUCCUCUCCUCCUCUCGACAGCAUCCAGAACUAUAGCGCAACCGUCCCCAUCACUCUUUUCCUCCCCUCCUCCUCUUUCUCUCACCGCCAGAUCUCUCUCCACUGCGUCUCUCACCCCUUUGCCCCCCUCCCCAGCUUAGUCCCUCACUCCUCUGACGCACGACAGGGAAACGGACCCGAGGAAAGAAAGAAAGACCAAAAAAAAAAAAAAGAGAGAAAGAAAUAAUAAUAAAGCAGCAGCAGCUGACCCAACCGUCGAUAUGAUCCACAGACUCCUGCUAUUACUGCACCGGACAGAGGCACGGUCCUGAAACCGAGAGGAGAACACUCUCACCCGGCUACACUGUUGAGCGCUCGCCCGGGGGGCGGCGACGACGGCGGCGGAGGAGGGGAAGGAGGAGGAGAAGGAGGAGAGGGGAGGAAGAGGAAGCGGACGGGCACAAGUCGAGGGCUUGCAUUUUAAGCAAACUGCUUAGAAAAAAAGAGGAGACGAGAAAGAAGGGGAGAGAGUCACCGGAGAGCGAGAGUGGGGGAGAUUGCAUUCCCAUCACGUCUUCAUUUCUCCUCUCUUUUGCCUCAGCUACUGAGUGAGAGAGGGUGAGAGAGAAGGAGGGAGAGAGAGGGAAAUAAAGAGAGAGCGAGCAAAGAGAGAGAUCUAACAAGAUUCAUACUUGUGGUCUUUUUUUUCCCCCCCGAUGCUUUCCAAUUGCAGUACGAAACUAAGCCCGGCAUCGGACGGUGAGCGGGACGCACCGGGCGACAGCACAACACACCGCAGGAGGAUAUGUGAAGUUGGAAUCCCACUAAACUAAUGCUGUGAAGUGGCUCUGUCUCUGGAGCCGAGACUUCAUCCCCUUGGUGUCAGCGAGGAUGCUGUGGGUUACCUUGCUGAGCACCAUAGCCUUAGGAUGGACCACCCCGAUCCCACUACUAGAGGACUCCGAGGAGAUCGACGAGCCCUGCUUCGAGCCCUGCUACUGCGAGGUCAAAGAGGGCAUCUUCCACGUCCACUGUGACAGUAAAGGAUUUACAAAUGUCAGCCAGAUUUCCCAGAUAUGGACUCGGCCUUUCAAGCUCAAUCUGCAGAGAAACUCCAUGAGGAAGCUUUACUUUAACAGCUUCCUCCAUCUCAACAAUGCAAUAUCCAUUAAUCUGGGUAAUAACGCUUUGCAAGAUAUCCAUGCUGGAGCAUUCAAUGGCUUAGGAAUACUCAAACGGCUUUUCCUACAUGAAAACAAACUAGAAGUUUUCCGGAAUGACACUUUUCUGGGGUUGGAGAGUUUAGAGUAUCUCCAGGCGGACUACAAUGUUAUCAAACGGAUUGAAAGUGGUGCAUUUAGGCACCUUCACAAAUUGAGAGUGCUCAUACUUAAUGACAAUCUGAUCCCUGUGCUCCCAAAUUAUCUUUUCCGGUCUGUGUCACUCACACAUCUGGACCUGAGAGGAAACAGACUUAAGACAUUGCCAUAUAAAGGCACGCUGGAGUACAUUGGGAGGAGCUUAAUGGAAAUCCAGCUGGAGGAGAACCCUUGGAACUGUGUGUGCGAGAUUGUCCAGUUAAAAACAUGGCUGGAGAGAAUCCCUUAUACAGCUCUGGUCGGUGAGAUCACAUGUGAGCACCCAUUCCAAUUACAUGGGAAGGACUUACGGGAAAUCAAGCGCAGUGAGCUCUGUCCGCUGCUCUCCGAUGCAGAGAUAGAGGCCAAGCUGGGAAUUCCCCGGGUCCCAUUCAGCAAUGAGAACACAUGGCCUACUAAACCUUCCUCCAUGCUCUCCUCCUUUCACAACACAGCCUCUUCUGUGGAAUACAAGGAAAGAGUUGUCAAGCCUACCAAACGGCCCAGGCCCACAAAGAACCCCCCAACCCCUCGUAGCAUCUACCCAGGCAUGAACCUGCCCCCCAUUGCUGGCUACCAAACAAGGCCUCCAAUCCCAAUAAUUUGUCCAGCUGGAUGUACUUGCAACCUUCACAUCAAUGACCUAGGGCUAACAGUUAACUGUAAAGAAAAAGGCUUUCACAACAUCUCUGAGCUCCUGCCUCGGCCCCUCAAUGCCAAGAAAUUGUAUCUCAGUGGGAACCUAAUACAGAAAAUCUAUCGUUCUGAUUUCUGGAACUUCUCAAGCUUGGAUUUACUGCAUUUAGGGAAUAAUCGGAUAUCCUAUGUCCAGGAGGGCGCCUUUAUCAACCUUCCAAACUUGAAAAGUUUAUAUCUGAAUGGGAAUGACAUUGAGCGACUCACCCCUGGUAUGUUCCGAGGGCUUCAGAUGUUGAGUUAUCUUUACUUUGAGUAUAAUGUCAUACGCGAGAUACAGCCUAACUCCUUCUCCCUAAUGCCAAACCUCCAGCUGGUUUUCCUCAGUGACAACCUGUUACGCUCCCUCCCCACUGAAGCCUUUGCUGGCACUAACCUUGCACGCCUCAACCUCCGCAACAACUACUUCCUUUCUCUGCCUGUGCGUGGAGUUCUGGAACAUCUGACAUCCAUUGUCCAGAUUGACCUCCAUCAGAACCCCUGGGACUGCUCCUGUGAUAUCAUCCCCCUCAAACAGUGGCUGGAAAAGCUCUCCUCUGUCAUUGUGGUUGGAGAUGUCAUCUGCAAGACACCUGAAUAUGCUUUUGGGAAGGACCUGCGUUCACUGGAGGUUGAGGUCAUCUGUCCUGAGCUCAAGUAUUCUUCAGGCCCCUCACCGGCCCUGCCUGGUGGGGAUGAUCUUACCACAGGGAGCUCUGACAUGGGGGAGGCACAUGGGAGGGGGGCUGUCCCACUCUCUGUCCUCAUCCUCAGCCUACUCAUCCUCUUCAUCUCCGCUGUGUUUGUGGCUGCCGGGCUUUUCGCUUUUGUUCUUCGUCGCAGGAAGAAGUUGCCCUUCAGGAAACGUUCUGAGGUAGAUCUGACGGGCAUCCAAAUGCAAUGCAGGAUUUUUGAGGACCCACCAAGGCAGAGUAGUGCCGGUAACACUGGCACACCAGAGAAACCAACGCCCAAUAUGCACACACACACUCACACUAGUCACACACAUGCCCAUGGUCACGUUUAUGAUUACAUCCCCCACCCUGUGACUCAGAUGUGUAAUAACCCCAUCUAUAAGCCUAGAGAGGGGGAGAUAGCAGAGGAAGACAGAGCACAGUUUUCAGAGAAGAAAGACAAUGGCAGCAGUAGCAACAGUAACUACAGAACCUUGUUAGAGAAAGAAAGAGAGUGGACCCUGGCCGUCUCCAACUCUCAACUCAACACCAUCGUCACAGUCAACCACACCACGGCUGACAUGGCAGGAUUUCAUGAGAAUGGAGGGCUCUGCCCUACAGUAAUUGACAGUCAGAGGCCCACACCAACAGUGGGCUUUGUAGACUGUUUGUAUGGGACAGUGCCCAAAUUAAAGGACAUGCAUGUGGCGCAUGCGCACCCACCAGGCAUGCAGUACCCGGAUUUGCAGCAGGAUGCACGGCUGAAGGAGACAUUGCUUUUCACGGCGGGGAAAGGCUGCUACCCUGACCCGUCCCAAAGCGAUUACCUCGAGUUAAGGGCCAAACUUCAAACCAAGCCGGAUUACCUCGAAGUCUUGGAAAAAUCUUACCGGUUUUAACAUCUCUAGCCCAUGGAGAAAAAAAAAAUGAAACACAACAAAAUCAACACAUUCACUUUGCCACCCUCAAAACAAAAUCACCCAAAACCAAUAUCAAAAAAAAAAUAAACUUGAAAAAGCAGCAUGAUAUAAAAUGAAAUAAUAUAUUACAGUUAAAACAAAGUUUCCCCCCAAAUCACUUUGGAGGAGAGGCCAUUCUCAGAUAUUUCAAUGAAGUGCCUUUUUUUCAGAGUAGCCAGCAAUGUCAACAGCCGUUAUUUUUAUAAUAUAUAAAUAUCUCUAUAUGCCCAAGAGAGAGCAAAAGAGGAAUAAGAGGGGCACCGGGGAAUAAAACAUAAGAAACAUCCUAAAUACAUCUGUCACUUAAACCCCUUUUUAUGGAGUUACCAUGAUGUGCAAGACGCACGGGAGCUGGACGUCUCCCUGACUUGAGGGUUUUCUUUCUUUCUCUUUUACCCCUGACUAGGAUGUACAAACACCCGGAGGCCGUGCACAUAACGUUUGUAGGAUUUGAUUGAAAGAGAGAAAAAAUACAUAUAUUAAAAUGAACUGCAGUUUGCUGCAUGCACUCGCUUCAGUGCAGAAAGCGAGGGGAUUUACUCAGAACUAUCACAUCACAUUAUGAACAGAGAUACUGCAACGCAUUUACAGUUCAGUGUUCUAUUUAAUUUUUAUAUCUUAUUAAUAUGGUUAUUACUAUUAAUGAGGACUUCUGUCUAUAUCAGGGUGCUUCUCGUAAAAAGGACGCGCCGAUGUACGGAUGGUAAAACCUUUGUGAAUAUUAUUAUAAGACAACGCUCAAGGUUUUCUGGAUAUUUCCACACACUUUGUUGACCCCCCCUCCCUCCCCCUUCCAUUGCUUCUGGAUUCCCCAUCGUCACCCACUAACGGCUUUGUAGGAAGCACUUUUAAUGUUUUCUCUCUCACAAAGAUUUGAAGAAAAAUGUGCAUAUAUUUAUUCUGUAAUUUCAGUGAAGAAUUUAAUUGUAAAGGUAAUGUUAAAUCAAUGUAUAGUGAUUAUGCGUCUGGUAUAGCCUUCUUAAUAAAAACAAACUCUUCAAUCAAAUGAUGAAAGGGUUGAUGCCACGGGAACCUGUGUGUGGAGCACUAUUGACAGGCUGUGUAUUUGGUGUCUUGUUAAAAUGGCAUGUUGAAGCUGUGGCCAACCAUCAUGAGUUAAUGCUGCUGGAGAUGGAAGGAUAGCUACUGAACCAAUAGAGUGCUAGACAGGAAUGUAGUGGAGGGCAAUAACAUUUAAACUCAGUUCAGCACCUUAUUAUUUUCAGAUUAGGUCUAAAUUAAUUGAAGUUAAAGGGAAAAGGUUGUCUUUUUUCCCGAAAAAUAUAAUCACAUUUUCUGUCUCCUAAUAGUUUGUUCUAUGAUCCUCACCUGCUGGAUAUCAUAGUGCACAAUUUUGAUUUGCCACUACAUUACUGAUCCUAGUUGGAUGUAAUCUGAAGGAAAAGGAUACAGAAAACGCAAUGCCAGAACAAGUCAGGUGAAUGCUGCUGGUCUUGAAGUGGAUGAUAUGACAGGAUAUACCAAAUCAGUGAGGCACGCUGCAAUUUCAAUUAUCUAAACGGGUACUGCUGAUGUAGGCUAAUAAACAGUAACUGAGAGAGGGUGAAAAUGUGAUUGGAAGUCACUCUUUGAAUUUUCGCAUCUAAUUUCUCUGACUCCCUCCAAAGUAGCAGUGUGGAUUCAGUCCACUGGAGGGCGAUAAAAAGGCGUUCACAUUUUUGGGCAUUUGGUAGAUUGGAUGCAGUUACAGUCUAAUGUAAUGCACAAAAUGUUUAUCCUAAGAGGUCAUUAAGUCUCGUAUUCAGUAUGAAUUAUUUUCAAAAUAUCUAUAUAUAACAUCUACAAGUGGAAUAAGAUAAUUUUAUUCAUGUAAGCGCAGUUUCAUCUGUUUCAUUUUUUUCGUGCUUUUUUUCAAAAUUUCAUUCUAGCUGUAUCAACAAAUUAUUUUUAAAAAAGAGACGUGAUCAGCGCUUUUGCAUAUCGGUAUUUUAAUUUUCGGAUUGUUGAUUAAAAUGACUAUGUUUAUUUUUAUUUUUUCAUUGUAAUCCCAAGUGGUAAAUUAAUCCUCAACAGUCUCUUUCAUAGCAAACAUCAAUUGCUUAAUGUUUUUGCUGUGACAUUUUUGACAUUUUAUAUUUCCCUAUCCUAGCCUGAUUCAUUUUUGGGACCAAAUCGUAAAAAGCAGGCAAAACCCCAGGUUGAAGCAGCUGUGGAGUAAAUAUGGUGUUGCAGUACACAUCAUCAUAGCGCUAAUUCUUCUUCUCUUUCCUAAGGUGAAAUUUUGAUUUGGGAAAAAUACGAUGCAAUCUUGAUGUCUAUAAAUUUGUGAUUAUCUAUGGAACGGAGGUGCAUUUCUGUUUAAAAUGAUAUUUUAAAAUGGGCAUCAUAUGCAAUUUGUUUUGAUUUCAAUUUACUAGGAGUGGUGAUCCUCAGUUGCAAUUGGGUGUUAUAGUUUCUCUUAUGUGUCAACUUACACUACGUGGAAGAUAUGUAGCAAACCACAUUCUUCUCUGUUAAAUGGGAAGGCCCUUAGCUAGUGUAGUCUAGUCAUAUCCAGUAUUGAUCAUCAAUGAUCCAAUCUAUAAGCUUGCAUAAUGUGGAACAUUUUACCUUGUGUUGUACUCAUUGUUUCCUUUUUUUGACAAUUACUGUUGCUCAAAUGAGUGGAGGUCACCUUCAUAUAAAGCCUUUGUAAGCAUGGUAGCAUUACGUCAAGGCUCUUUAUUUUCUACUCGCAGAAAGUUUCACAAUGCUGUACCCCCAUGUUCUGCUGCACCAUCUCAUUUGUCUGCUCCUUUGUUUUAACUUUCUCACCUAUACGCUCAAACACAGACAUGUACACACACACACACACACACACACACACACACACACACACACACACCCACACCCACACCCACACCCACCCACACACACACACACACAGACUCACAUAAAGCCUUCCUUUCCCUGACCAAGAUGUUAGACUAUAUGGUCAGCAUUUUCAGUGUGCACUCAGUUUGAUUAAAAACAUAAUGCAUUACUCUGUUAACCCUAACCCUCACCAUCAACCCCAUCCCCAAAUGAAUAAAUAAAUAAAGUUUUGGGAUCAUUGAUGAUUUUGCUAUAGUCCCAUAUCUUGGUAACCUUUUAUCCUCCACCCCUGUCACCUACCUACCAUAAUAUUUCACAAAUGAGUGCUGGGCUUUGUCCCAUUAUACCAUGUUGAGUGGUUUUAUCCCAAUAAAUCCUCUUGUUAUCCUGCA